AAUUAGUUCUCUGAACAGUUCUUCUUCUUAGGAAAUUCUUCCUGAUACCCCACCAACAUCUACAUUCUUUAUAUGGGGUCUGCAAUCUUAGUUUGAUUUCACAGAAAAAGGUGUAGCUCCAGUGACAAAAGACUUGCAAUAUUUUCCUUCUAAAGUCCACCUGUGCAGACUGCACAAGCAUGCCUGUCUUCUGAGAAAGGAUGGGAAAUUGAGUUAAUUAUUGAACAUUUCAACACUGAUUGAAAAUGGAACCUCAUCAACAGGAUAAGUUCAGAUUGCCUUGUCAAAACUGACCAAUAAGCCAAUCAGUUUUUUUUUUAAGUCAGUUAUUAGCUGUACAAAGGAUUACACUACUUUCAUCUGUCCUCCACCCUCAUUUUUAUUGAUUUAAAAAAAACAACCCAACUUUAGUGACUUCAGCGUUUCCCAAAUGUUCUACCUUUAUGCCCAUCCAAUAAUAAUAGCCAUUUGGGCCUGACGAUCUGCAGUUGUUCCGUUUCUCCAGAAGAUGUCUCCUCCUUCCGCCCCACUUCCAAGUGGGAAUUGUAACUUCCCCCUCCCCACCUAAACUCCCCUUUGCACACUCAGCUUUUCCCCUGCUCCACCCCCUCAUCUAUUUCAAGCUAGCCCAGAAGCCCAGCUGCUCCUGCUCAAUCUCCCUGGCUCCCUGCAACCCCGCCAGCCUCUUCCAGUCUUUUCUCACCUUCUAGCCCUGAGACCUUCCAACAUGACUUGUCCCAUCUUUUUGGAUGGAGAAAAUUGUAAGCCUUCUUGGAAGGAAGCCAAUGCGGGUUUCGACCCAGAAGACACUCGCCUGGAAAUCCUGGGGAAGCCGGUGAUGGAGCGCUGGGAAGCCCCCUACAUGCACGGCCUGGCCACUGUGGCUGCCUCCCAAGGAGGCCGGGUGCUGGAGGUUGGCUUUGGCAUGGCCAUUGCUGCCAGUAAAAUUGAAGAGCUUGACAUCGAGGAGCACUGGAUCAUCGAGUGCAACGAGGGAGUCUUCCAGAGGCUGCAGGAAUGGGCGGAAAGGCAGCCUCACAAGGUUGGGGCAAAGGGGCCUGGCGGGUGAGGGCACAAAUGCCCAGGAGGGAAGCAAUCACAUCCCAUGUGCUAUGACGUCAUUGGGCAAAUCAUGCGGACAACAUCAUGUGCAUCAUUUUUAGGGUUCCAGCAUGACACACGAUGGGGAAGGGGGAGCAGCAGGCCCACGAGCAAUGAAUGGGGAUGGGAAGUGAUGUAACCAGUUCCAUAAAGUGGUUCGAAACUGGGCAGUGUGAACAGACGGAGGCUGUAUUGGUCUGCGGAAGUGACCUUGGGAGACCGGAGGGAGAGCCGCGGACUAGGGAAUCGGCGUAUAAAAGGUGUCUCAGCUCACAGAAGGAAAAGGGGGGUG